CAAAGCAUAGAGCUGCGUUGCGCAAGUUGUGUUUGCUGCCAAUACUAAUUGUUUACUUUGGCUUCACACACUGCAUCAUGCUAAGACUGACUCGUCCACUCAGAGUAAGCGCGGGAUCAAGGUUGAAAAGACAUGAGGCUACGAAUACCGCUGGACUGUCGCACAAUUGUUCAACGUUGCCUCUCGAAAGAGACGAUUCAGGAAACAGCAGCCUCACCGACAUGAAGUCUUCCAGCCAAAUACCGCAGAGAGCUAUGAGGCCGGUGAUGGCCUCUGUAUCAACAUACAUGCAGCACAGCAGUACUAAUGUGGCGUUGACUACAGCUGGAUGCUGGCCUUUACCACCACAUCCGCUGGUUGAGGCCCCUUCACUGCAAUGGCAACAACGGGCAGUGCUUCCUCUAUUCAAUACGUUGGUAGCUUCCCAAACAUUGCUAUCGGCUGGAAAUGAGAUGCGACGACCUAUACUUAAUAGACUACGAAAUCAGGAAGCGAUCAGCGCUGAUUCCUCCCGGAAGCUUCAAAAGGGACCUUGGCUCGAAUAUUUUGCUAGUUUAGGUGACACGUCUCUGAAAGAAAUUCCUGCUGAGCUUUUGGAAACUACCGAUCCGGAGACACUUUCCAAAGGGUCCACUGUAUCAUUACCCUCGACGAAGACCAGUCUUCCUCGUCUAGAAAGGGAACUACGUGGACACAUUGAUGCCAGGCGCGUUGGGCAAGCAAUAGAAGUCUUCCUCAGAGCCCGCCAUUCUCAAGAGAAAGAAUAUCACCAGCUCAAUCUAAAGCUAGUGGGACGACUCUUUGACCUUCUGUGCACUCGCCGAAGACCAUUCGAUGCCUACCGGGUUUUAACUCACUAUCGAAAUUUGUCUACGGCCCCUACAAACGCUGUGCCCAAAUCAGAAACCAACUUUGUACGUAAGUACGAGCGCCUUUGUUCCUGCCUCCGCUACAUGAACCCUACAUUUCAUGACGCUGGUUCGAUCUUAAAACUCGCUCGUCGCGUAUAUGCGGAUUUGAAACAGAUGGACGAAAAAUGUCAGAGAACUUGCUUGCCGACAUUCCUAUCCGCCCUUGGACAACAGCGAUCGGUCCCCGCAGGCAUCAUGUGUCUUGAAAUUUACAAGUACAUGCUCGUCAAUAAGUUUGAUUUGAAGGGAUCGUAUUUUGAGCAUUUAUUGGGCUUUUCUAAAUUCUUUCGACAGCAGGAUUUGCCAUACGCCGACGUGCUCGCACGGAGCGUGGCAAUGGGACGCAUACCGCCCCCAGCCGUGGCCUUGAAUGUCCUUGAAAAUUUGUUUCCGUACACUGACGCAGGCGCCACCCAUGCGGCAUUGCAAUCAAUCAUCAAGCUGCAGUCCACUGCGCUGGAAAACGGUUUGCCACAGUAUCAUCUGGAUAUUGCCACGAUGGAACUAAUCAGUGCUGCGUCGACAAAGAAUGGCGCUCACAAGAACAUUCUGCUGAUAUGGGAUUUGUUGGACUUGAUCUCUUGCAAGCCGUCGGAAGGUCUGUACGAGAAUACAGCAAUUGCCUUUGCAACCGAUCCAAACAUGUACGACGACGCGUUUUUGGUGCUUGCGGAAAUGGAAGAAAAAGGAAUGAUCCCUUCGCGGGCAUUGAUUAGGGGAUUAUCCUUUCAAUUUCGGCCAUCGGAGAAGUUGCUAGGUUUGGCUUGUCAACGUUGGACGACCCUACGCACGAACGGGAUCGGUGCGACUCUGUCUGGUCUCAAUGCGUUAAUAUCGGCCAGCGCAGAGCGCGGCAACGUUUACCGAGCGUUUGCGCUGUUGGAAGAAAUUCCUCGGAGCAAUCUUGAGGCCGACGCGGACACUUACAGCUUUGCCUUUGAAGCGCUCGGCAAGAGCUUGUUUCGAAAGCUUCCACUUACUACGAACGAACCAAAAUUGAUUGCUUCAAUUUUGGAGAAGGCCGACUCGCUGUUGACAGUCAUGGAAAGUCAGGGCUUGUCGCCAACGCAUCACAUCGUACGGGAAUAUGUGGAGGUUCUCUGUUUGGCGGGUAAGGUUGACGUGGCCACGAACGUAGUUUUGGACCUGAUUGCCAGUCCUGGUAGCGUGAAUAGCAAAACAGCGUAUCGAGUGUCAAUGGCCAAUGUUACGGCCGGAAAUUUCGAUACGGCCCGAAGGUUUGCGGCUGAUGCUGGGGAUCACACCAAUUUGAUCCUGAAGAAAAUAGCACAGGAAGAAGCUAAGGCUUCCGAGACCAAGACAGAGAAAAGCGAAUAGCGCAGGUUGGCGAUCGUCCUCUUGGUGCAUGAAAAAAAGCACAGGGCCCGAGGGAUAGAUAUAUUUGUUCGGGUGUAUGUCGUAGAAAGCGAAGAGGCAACCA